UCUGAUUAUCAUUGUUCAUAACCAUGGGGAGAUACUCUGGUAAAAGAUGCCGUCUGAUGAGCAUGUUCACCCUCACUGCAGGCUUCUUCUUUGUGGAGAUUCUGGUUGGCUAUAUCACCAAUUCUGUUGCCCUGGUUGCAGAUUCUUUUCACAUGCUCUCUGAUGUCAUAGCACUCAUCAUUGCAUUUUUAUCAGUACAGAUGUCUCCCAAAAAAUGGUCAAAAAACACUUUUGGCUGGGCACGUGCGGAGGUGCUGGGAGCCUUGGUGAAUGCAGUAUUCCUGGUCGCCCUUUGUUUCUCCAUCUUCAUCGAAGCCCUGAAGCGUCUCUAUGAUGUAGAUGAGAUCCACAACCCCAAACUUAUUCUGUAUGUGGGCUGUGCAGGGCUGCUGGUGAAUGUGGUGGGACUUUUCCUCUUCCAUGAGCAUGGACAUGGGCAUAGCCACCGCAGGGCACACCAUCGGAGCCUUCCUACCAUAGAAGAGGUGCUGGCUGAGGAAGACAUCAACGAGAACCAUGAAAACUAUCGUCUUUCGGACAACCUCCCCAACACUGCCCAAGAUGGACACGGACAUAGGCCCAUGGCAUCUGGAAGUCAGAUGAAUAUGCGUGGAGUGUUUCUUCACGUUAUGGCAGAUGCCUUGGGAUCAGUCAUCGUUAUCAUCAGCGCACUUAUUAUUUGGCUAACAGAUUGGCAGUAUCGUUUUUAUGUUGAUCCUGCAUUAAGUAUCAUCAUGGUCUUGCUCAUCAUGAAAUCGACUUGGCCUUUGUUGGUUGAAUCAGCUUUGAUUUUACUUCAGACUGUGCCCACACACAUUCAAGUGGAUUCUCUGCAAAAGAAGUUGCUUCAGGAAAUUGAUGGCGUGCUGGCUGUACAUGAAUUCCACGUGUGGCAAUUGGCUGGUGAACGCAUCAUUGCCUCUGCCCACAUUCGUUGCCGCAACUUGGUGGACUAUAUGCAGAUUGCAGAGAAAGUAAAGGAAUUUUUCCACAAUGAAGGCAUCCAUUCCACCACAAUACAGCCAGAGUUUGUCGACAUGCCCUCAUAUCAAGAAAAGGAGGAGAACUGUAUCCUGGAUUGCCCAGCGAGCACCAAUUGCAUGGCCCAGACCUGCUGUGGGCCGCAGAAGGAAGGGCAAUCUCCGCAAACCCCUCGCUCCACCCCCGCCUGCAGGCAGAGGGUCAACAAUGGAAGUGGGGAGCCUUACCCAGAGGAGGUGGCUCUGUCCCUAGACAGUGGGGAAGGGAGCGGCACUGCUGCAGCCAAGAUUGCAAGGAUGGCAUAGCCGUUGGUUGAAGGUAGCACUGAAUCCGGAAAGGAGAUCGUGAUAUAUUUUCAAGUACUUGGGGAAAAAUCUGUUUGACUGCAAAAGUUAGUGAGAAUCCUGAUAAAUGUUCUUCAGUCGAUGGAAGUUUUGCUGCCAGAAACAUUUGCAAUGAAGCUUCCAUCCACUUCAAAAGUUGACUUGAAUAUGGCAACUAUUAAUUAUCUUUCAAAAACACUGAAGCCCAUUUUAGCGAAAAUUCAGUAAUCUUCACUCCAAGUAUUGGUAUAAUACUUCUACAAGCAUUCUCACUAAGCUUUAACUUACCAGAGCAAUUUGGCUGGUUCAAAAAAAAUAAAUCUAAUGAAAAGUGUUUGUAAAAAAAUAUGCUGCUGACCCUGCUCGAUAGCCUCCCCCCACCCUCCCUUCCCCCAUUACACUUCCAUGUGGUUAAAAGGGAUUUUUUUUUCAUCCAAAUUUAUGAGGAUCGAUCAUUCAAAUAAUGUGGUCAAGAAAAUUGCCAGGGGGAAAAAAUUAUCUAAUACAAUGAAUUGUUUUGUCACCAAAUGAAACCUUUUGCCAUGAUUUAGCAUAAUCACAAGAAAUUACCCUGACCUCUACCUCAUAUCAUUGCAUAUAUUUUUACAAUCUUUAAAGAUGGUUUAGUAUAAGAGAUGUGACAAUACCAAAUGUUUGCUAGAAUACAGCCCACGUCUCUGAAAAUGGACUUUUCCAAAUCUGGCUAAAAAAUAGUUCACUGAAUUAUUGACUAGAUUCUUGUCAACUUUUGCGGUCUGAAAAUUUUGACUGUCCCUGUGUCUAGUGUAUAUUUUGCAAAUAUCAUUGCCAGGAUUUUCCUUUUGCACCGCUUGUCGAACUUAUAUGUGACUCAAGGAAAAGACCAUUCACUUGAACCAUUUCUAAGACUUUUUUGAAUGUAUAUUCUGUACUGUAAUGGAGAAGACCAAAAUGUAGAAGAAACUUAUAGGUGCACUGAAAGCCAUCAUUCUCUGGAGUAUAACAUCUUGUGCAGAGAAAAAUAUAUGACUGCGGUUGUCAAUUUAUCGCGAUGCAAAUUACCUUUAAUGAAGUAAAUUUAUCUAUUUCUUCAUUUAGUAUGACAAUAAACAGCAUUUUAUGAACUCUAGACAAUUUUUUAAUUGAAAAAAUUGUAAUUAAAAUUAUUUAAUACUACUUUUCAAAUCACAAACACAUUGAAAACAAAAGUUAUCAAUUGUGGAAAAGAUCAAGAUAAUUUUGUACUGCUAUGAAUUGACGUGCAAUGAAAUUGUGUCUUGUGAGUCAAUGUUGUGAUGAACACUUAGAUAGCUUGUGAAUAAAAAACUGGAGUAAGCAUGAAGUCAUGUUGAUAAUUUCAUCAUAUUCCAUGUUUAAAAUGAUAUAAGCCAUCACCAUUGGCAUAUUCAUCCAAAUUUUUUGUCCUUGGUCAGUUAAAUAAUAAAUCUUUGUUAUCAAAACAAUAUCUCCUUCGAAGAUAGCAUAUAUACAUAUAGAAGAGAGCUACCACUGCCAAGUUGCAUGAAUUACAGUACUGGUGAAGCAAAAAGUUAAUGUCCGCUCUCUAAUUCAUAAGAAUUUGAUUUAUUGAUGUGGAUUUUUUUAAAAAUGCAUAAAAAGUAGUUGCCUAUUUAUGUUUAGAACUGAAUUAAAGGAAAAGCGAACACCUAAUAAGUUAUAAGUCGCACUAAAUAUUCUCCAAGCAGACCACUUCUCAUGUGAGAUAUUCACGAGAGUUUGACUUCAUGCUUGCUAUAAUUCAAUCCAGAAUGAAAUAAGGAAAGUGUUCUUUUAAUAGUGGUGCUUGACCACUGAUAAAAAGAGUGUUUGGGGUGAAAAAUCCAUGUUAUGUAAUGCAUUUAUGUAAUCCAUGUAUCAACAUCCAGAACAGAAUCAAUAUUUAAUUACAAAUUGACUUGGCUUAUUGAUUUCAUGAAUCAUGGUUUAUUUUUGUAUAUUUUUAAGAUCUGUAUUAUUAAUAUUCGGCAGGUAUUGUAUUUAUUAUUUGUAUCUUAUUACCUACGAAUAUGAAAUAAAAUUUCAUUGUUUUCCAUCUGCCAUUGA